GGGGAUUAGCCGGGAUCGCUCGGCCCGGGGCAGGCCGAUGGCCGAGCUGGCGCUGAGCCGGGAGCUGGACGAGCGGCUGCUCCACCUGCUGGGGGCGCUGGAGACGCUGCAGGGCAAGAGGGACGAAUUCAACCGCCGCGUAGAGCAGGGCUGGUUCUCGCUCUCUAGGUCCCGCUUCGCCAUGGGCUGCAAGUCGGUCUCUGCCCUGCAGUAUGGGGCCUGCAUGGAGCCGCUGGUCAGGGUACACGCGAGGGGGCGCUCCCCAGGUCGAGAGAGGGGGUCAGUGGUGUGGUUUCCCCCUUCCAGCGAGGGGGAGAGCGGGCAGGUCGCCUUCCAAGUCAUCCCAGGAGAAUGGGACCCAUCUGCAGAGGCUGCUGAGGGGUCACCGGCCGUGGAGGAAAUCGGGCCCCAAGACCAAGUCUUGCGGCAGCGAAAGGGCCCAGGGAAAACAGUGAAUCCUGGGGCCCCCCUGGAGGCUGCCCCCGAACCCCCUGAUUCCCCGAAUGGGGCCUCGUCCCGGGACCCACUGACCUGGUUCGGGAUCCUGGUGCCCCAGAGCCUCCGGCAGGCUCAGAGCAGCUUCAAAGAGGGGAUUCUCCUGGCCGGGGAGAUCGCCAGCCUGCAGAGCGACCUCCAGGCCACGCGGGCGCAGUAUCGGGCGCUGCUGGAGAGAAAGCGCCAGCUGCUGGCCAGAGAGGGGUAGCGCAGCUGACGCCCCCCUGCAGCUUUCGCACCCCACACUCUGGGCUGGGCGUAUUGUAACCUCUGACACCCAUGUCAAUAAACUGGGAUGGCUGCU